AUGGAAAUAAAGCGCCCUCUCGGCUCCCACGCGUGUCUGCGCCGCAGGAAGCGCUGCCUGGUUACGGGGCGGGGGGGGCGGCGGGGCCGCACGUGCCGGCGGAGGAAUGCGGCGGGGCCGGCCCGGGGCGGGGCGGGGAGCGGCGGCUCGGCCAUGGGGCGCCUGGUGCUGCUGCUGCUGCUCCUGCUGCCGCCGCUGCCCGGGGCCACCUGGGGUGAGGCGGCGGGGAGGGAUGGCGGUGGACGGGCGGGGCCUCGCUCAUCCCCGUCUCUUUGCUUGCAGGAGUGUCGGGCCACCGCCUCCCGCUGGCUGAGCCGCCCCCGGUGCCGCCGCCCGCCCCACCCGGUGUCGCCGCUGGAGCCGCCCGCGCUGUCGCUGGUCCCGGCGCGGCUGUGCCCGCCCUCUCAGCGCUGCCAGCCCUGCCUGCGGGUGCACCUGGCCCUCCCGGCCGCAGGGCUCGACGGGGUCCGUGGGCUGCAGCUCAACUUCUUGGAGCUGGGCACCAACCGGGCCGGCUGGCUGCAGGUGUGGCGGCGUCACCGGGUGCCGGGUGGCUCGCCGUGGCAGGUGCAGUUCGACUGCUUCCCGGUGGAGAGUGGGCAGAAGGUCCUCGUCUCUGUCCGCACCAUCCCUGACCGGGGCUUGGCCAUCAGCCGCAGCCACUUGGUCACUGCCGAGCAGCCCGGACCCGUCUUCACCCACACCUGGGUCCCCGAGACACGAGCUAUUGAGGUGUGGGUGCCCGAGGGUCCUGCCCUGCUGGUGCGGCUGUGCCACCAGCUCGCCCUGGAGUGCGAGGAGCUGCCUCCUCCCUUCCACCAGCAGGUGCUGGUGCCAGGGGGCCACCGUGUCUCGCUGCCAUAUGAGUUCCUGGUGCCCUGCCUAUGCAUUGAGGCCUCCCAUCCCCAGCACGACAGCCUGCGCAGCAAGCGCUGCCCAUUCCGUGACCAGCCGGCCACCUAUGGCCCUGAGCUGUGGUCCUCAGUGCGCUUCCACGACUACAGUGCCAGCAGCAAGGACCAGAUGGCAAUGGUGCUGAGCGCCAGCUGCCCCCUGCACCCCCGGGCCACCCUGUGCUGGAGGGAGACAGCAACUGAGACUUUGCCCUGCCAUGACAUCGUCAACUCCACAGCCAGCGAAGAGGAGCAGGUGUACACGCUGGACAAGGUGGAUGUGCACCCCCAGCUCUGCUUUCGGUUCUCCUAUGGGAACAGCAGCCAUGUGGAGUGUCCCCACCGGCCAGAGACCACCUGGAAUGUCUCAGUGAGUGUAUGGGGGCUGCAGCUGCACCUGCGCCUCAUCUCCAGUGUCCCCGCGGCCUUCAGCGCAGCCCUCUGCCAGCGCCGGGGUGGGCAGUGUGAGCCCGAGGCCCCGCUCUACACCGUCACACAGACAGAGGGCUCCGCGCCGGGGGAGCUGGCGCUGCUGCUGCCGAUGCAGGCACUGGGCAGCUGUGUGCUGGUGUGGCGCUCAGACGUGCGCUUCGCCAGGAAGCAGCUGCUCUGCCCCGACGUCUCCCGCAGGCACUUUGGGCUGCUGGGGCUGGCGCUGGCGCUGGUGCUGGUGGUGACCGUGCUGCUCCUCAACUGCCGUGGCGCCUGGAAGCCAGCUGAUGGUGCUGCAGGUGGGCGCCCUGUGCUGCUGCUGUACUCACCAGACUCGGAGGAGCACCUGGGGCUCGUCUGCGCCCUGGCUGAGCGGCUGCGUGCGAGGCUGGGCUGCGACGUGCGCCUGGACCUGUGGGAAGCAGGUGGUGUGGGGCAGGCGGGCGUCGUGCCCUGGCUCUACGCCCAGCGGGGCCAUGUGGGCCGCCAGCACGGCACCGUCCUUCUCCUCUGGAGUCGGGGCAGCACUCGGCUCUUCCGCCGGUGGCGGCUGGGGGUGGCUGCUGGCGUUGCCAGGGAUGCCCACGACAUCUUUGGGGCUGCCAUGGCUUGCUUGCAUGGAGAGCUGGGCUCAGCGCGUCGUGGCGGUGGCUGGGUGCUGGCUUACUUCAGCCGGCUCUGCAGCCCCCGCGAUGUUCCCCGACCCCUUCGGCCCCUGCCCACAUACCGCCUGCCCCAGCAGCUGCCCGGGCUGCUGGGUGCCCUACGGGGCAGCCCCCCAGCUCCCCGCCGCUGCCGGGGCAGGACACGGGGACCCCUGCACCGGCUAUUGGAGAUGACGACCAGGGAGGGUCACCACCAGCCCCGGGCCCCCAGGGUGGCUGCUGGCACCUGAGGGCUUGUGCCAAGGCUGAGCCGAGCAUUGCUGUGGGGCUGGUGGGGCUGGGUGCAGCCCCCCAGUGGGGAGCCCCGUCACGGAGAUGUAGGGCUGGGCUGAGCGUGGCAACCAUGGCAGCAGAAGAGGUGCCCGCAAGGUGCCCUGGGCAGUGACUGUGUGUGCCAUGGGGCCCGAGCAGGGCUGGCCCUGGCCAGAAGACAUGCUGUGGGGCCAGAGGACAUGCUGUGGGGCCAGGGACAUGCUGUGGGGCCAGGGUGCGUGUCCAGCUGGGCUCCUGGGGUCAGGAGCAGAGGCGCUGCCCGGGCAGGGGCAGCUUUAUCUCCACACAGGGACCUGCUUCAGAGGAGAGCUGGGACCCCAGGGAAGCCACUUGGGAUGCAGCAGCCGGGUGAGGUGCUGGAGCAGCAGUGGAAGAAGCUGGGCAGUCAGGGGGGCUCCCUGUCCUGCCCAGAGCCUGGAGGGUUAUGGGGGCUGGGUGCUGGGCACAGCCUCGCUGCGCCCACGCUGUCAGCGGGACCUUGUCCGUGGUGGGAGCAAU